GAAUUCCCGAUGUUACCUACUUUUCCUACGCCUACUUGUAGUUGGCCUACUUUCAGUAAGACUAGAAUAAUAGCAAAUAAGUAGACCCUCUAUUAUUUUAUGCCUUGCUGUUAUCAUAAUUAAUUGGCCGAGAUUUACUGCAAUUUACAACAAAGCCAAAGGGAUUUACAACUCUCCACACAAUCAUUAUGACACAGCACAGUAUGAUGUUUGGUAUUUUAGAUCAGAAACUGCAAUGGAUCAAAGAUCAAACGAAACAACUGCACAAGGUUGCUGAUAAUUUAUGCAAUAAGGUAAGUAUAUCGAAGCUCUAUUAUUUAAAAAUAAUGCUUAAAAUAUCAAUUUAUAGAAGCGUCUAAGUCGUUUUAGAAAAAAAAAUGUGUGUGUGGGGGGGGGGCGGGGGGGGGUUCGAAGAGGUAGGCCUCUCUCUAUGACUCUUAUUCAACAUUAACAUAUAUUUAAUGAUAUAUAAUUAUUAUAUAUUAUAUAGCCUAUGCGGCACUAUGCAUAGCCUAUAGUAUAGCCUAUCAUUUCUGUGAUUCCCGGUACUGAUGAAAAGUACCCACCGAGGGCACUUUGUAAGUAGGCUAUAAUUACUUAAAAUUAUAUCGUAAAAUAAUAAAAUGAUAAAUGAAUUCUGAAUAAGAAUAAGUAAUCACUAAGUCUAAGUGACUAAUCUGAAUCUGGUUAUUAAAAAUGCUUUACAAUUUACCAAGCAGUUGUUUUAAACUUGUGGUAGAACAACUAUUAAAUUUUGCAAUUUGCAAAUCAUAUAUAGGCCUACUUGCAACUAGUUUAAAUAGAAUAAUAAUCAAGAAAUAUUUGUAUGCAUAUCUUUUUCAUUUUAGCAAUAUAGAAAUAUAGGCUAUAAUAGUUUUCAAUGCAGAAAACUACAUUUUACAUGUAGGCCUGUGAACUAAUUUUUUUUUUUUAAUUUUGAAAUAAAUAAAUAAAUAUUAUUAUCUGAACUUGGAAGGCACAGCCAGAAUUAUUUGAUAAUCAAUUUAAAGUAUGGUAAAUUGUAAAUACUUUAAUAAAAAUAAACACAUAUUAUUAGGAUACAUAUUAACUGGUACAUACACAUAACUCUUACAUUAAUUUACAGGUUUUUGAGGAAACAACGGAAGUUCUGAAAAACACAGAUACAAAUAAGAAUCAACUUCGAGAGAUAAAUUUGAAAUUGGAUGGAUUGUUUGAUUUCCUUACGGAAAAAUGUAGACUGAUAGAUGGUAGCUAAUUUUGAUAACUUAAAAAUCAUCAUUGUCAUUAUUUGAUAAAUUAAAUCAUCUUAACUUUUUUUUGCAAAUACAAACAACAAAAUGUAUUAUAUUAUUAGUAAAUUUGGAGAGAUAGCACCAUGGCCGCCAUCUUCAUCUUCCCGCGACCUGUGAACUUAUGUCCUAGAUGUAUCCCUAAACCUAACCUGAACCCUAAUUCUAAACCUAACUUGAACCCUAAACUUAUCCCUAACCUGGGUUUUGACCCUAUCGGAAAUCACGCAAAUGACGUCAGUGCAAUCUCUCCAAAUUAGCCGUAUUAUGUUAUGUGGAACUUAUUUACAUUUCAGAUGCAGCACAUGAUGGAUUUUUUGAGAAUGGGAAAGUUGUCAAUGAAGCUUGUGAACCACAAUUAUCAUCUUUUAAAAUGAAUAAAAGAUACUCAGGUUAUUUAAACAUAAAAACUUUAUAAGAUUAAUGAUUGUGUGGUCGGCUGUUACAAUAAUGAAACCAUCUGUAAAAUGAAACUUGUGCUGAAAGACGCAUAUUUGACUCUAUUUUUUAAAUCAUGUUUCUGUCUAAAAGUAAAGGAGUUCUGAAUACAACAAAAAUAAUAACUUUUCUGAAUAGUAAUUAAUUGGUGUAAUUUAUUUAGAAACAUUAAACAAUUUAUUUAAUUUAGUAAUCCAAAGUAAUAGUAUACAAUAAAGUUACUUACCUUCAUCAGGCCUUCUUUAAUUAUUGAUGACACAGGUAUUAUUAAUUUCAGAAGCAGAAACAAUAAAGAUUGUUAAUCGCCUUGAAGUAUUAGAAGAAGCAGUUUCUUCGCUGCGUUCUGGCCAACAGCAUCUUUCCAUGUUACAAGUGGAGUCUGAAAAAAAGCUGACAACAAAAUUCCAUGGAAUUGACAAUGAGUCUCAACAGAUUCAAGAGCGACUUAAAAAUUGUGAAGAGAUGGGGAAAAACAUUUCUACUGACUUAACAACACUUAUAUAUAUUCCCAUUGUUCUAAAAAAUAUUCAAAACGAAACUCAAGAAAUGGCUCAGAAAAUAGAACAACAAGAAGCAAAACUAACUGAAAUUCUGCAGUUCAAUGUGGUAAUACAAACGAACAAGAUGUCAAUAGAUGAUUUAGUUCUAAAAGCUGAAAGACUAUGCAUUUCUUUGAGUGAUUUAUCAUCAUUCCAAGAGAAAGAAAGAGAAAGGCUUUCAAAAAUAAAAAAUGAACUAACAACAGUUCAAACAUUUGUAUCUAUUAACAAAACUGAUUUAGAUCAAAAGUUGAAAGCAAUUACAGAACAGGUUUGUCCAUGAGAAAUUUCUAAAUAUUUGUUAAACCUGAACUUAUUUGGUAAUUUAUUUAAUUUUUAAUAAGAUUCUAAUAAAAUAAAAUACUGAAAUAAGAGUUUGAAUACAAAAAUUGACACAAACCGUUAUCAUAAUGCAUAAAGAUAUCCUUUGGGAUUUUCAGAAAAUUUAACUAUUAAAAUCACAUUAUAGUCCUACAUGAUUUAAUUUGAAAACAAAUUAUAGCAGAAUUACUUUUUUGGGCUAUAAAAUCAUAAUUUUAUUUUAUAAUAUAAUAUAAAAUUUUAUUUUUUAGUAUGAACUGAUGAAGCAUGUUCUUCUUAAGAAGGUGGAAAAUCUAGAGAGGCUCAGGGAAAUUUUAAACUUGAACAGUCAGUCAAAAAGAUCCAAAAAGGUGAACAAAAAGAAAUUGCUGUGCUUUUUAAUUUAUAACAUUUUUUAAAUUUUUUUUUAACAAUGUUACUUUUUUAUGGUGGAUAGAAAAUGUUGGUCUGAUAUUACUAAUAAGUACAGAAGCUAAUUUAAAUAAAAGCAAGCUGUUAACUAAUACUGGUUGCUCACCAAUUUUUACAACUCAAAUCAUUUAAAAAAAGAAAUUUGUGUUUUACAAAACACACACCACUUUAAAGUUUGAAGUAUUUUUUAAAAAAGUAACUACUUGUUAUGUAAUAGGAAAGAAAACUGAAGCCUGCCAGGCUUUUAAAAUUAAUUAUGUUAAUUUUUAUUUUUAAAAAAGGAAAAGUUUAUAGGCUUUAAAACAGACCAAUUGUUUACUCCCAGCAUGACCUUCCUUGCACAUGUUCAGUACAAAACCAAGUGUCAUUUUUUUCUUUCUCUCAAAGCUGCAAAUGUUAAAAAUUAUAUUAACAUGAAAAAUAAAUUAUCUUUGAUACAAAUUUGAAUUACGUAAGCAACUUACAUUAAAUGGGCAAGGGACUAAAUGCAUGCCUUCAAAGAGCUUUCAUAAUGAGAAAUCAACUUAUUUUUAAGACAAAUUAAAAAAUCCACCACACAUCAUAAAAGUUCUACUGUACAGGAGGUACAUCAUUUCCUUAUUGGUUCUGUUUUGCUGAUAUCUGAAAAAUUAUGAAUGAAAACUUUUAGCUUAAAAAAGAAUGUGAGGAUUGUUUAACUUUCCUUUGUUCUUUUCACUAAUUAGACUGUGGUGCAGUCACUAGACGCUGGGGUAGAAGAGUUUCAAUGUAAACAGGACUCGCCAUUGUCUUGUGAAUUAAGACUUAUCAAACAGCGAAUUUUAGGCUUGGGUACGUUUUUUUUUAGUCUUGCAGAGUACCAAUCUUUUUUUGCCCCUAAAGAUUUUGAUCAUCUUCCUUUAUAUCUGAUUUUCUCAAAUACCGGUAUUACUGAACUUAUGUAAGUUUUAUCAUUAAUCAGUUAUUUGGCAUUUACAAAGAAUGUAACUGAAAAUAUAAUUGAAUUUAACUAAGGUAUCCACACUUUUCCAUUAUAUAACAUUUCAUAAAAAACCUAUAGUUUUUUUCUAUUAUUCACUGAAAGGGCUACAAACUUGUAACAUGUGUUUCAUUUAUUUUAAUAUCUUUUUAAUAUUAAAACAAAAAAAAUUUUUCUUAUCAAAAUUAAAUACUUUCUAUUUUUUUGUUUGCAUCCCCCACUAGAAAAUCGAUAUAUAUUUGCACCAGUGGGAUUUACUGCAUAUCUUGAUGAAACAAUAGCUGUAAAGAAAGGUGAAUUUUUGACAAGUUAUUUAAAGAAUGUGACUUUCAAUCCUGGUAACCACUUUGACCAAGAGACUUGUAGAUUCACAGCACCAAUAGAUGGAAUGUAUUUGAUUGCACUAACUCUUUGGCAGCGAAAUAAGGGAAAAAUUGGGGUGAAAAUACGGAAGUCCCUUCAUUAUCCUGGUUUAAUAACUGGAACUGAGAAACCAGAAAAUAUUGGUAAAGUCUUUACUGAAUCAGCCAACACUAGUAGUUGUGGCGUAUGUCUAACUCACAUGAGAGAAGGAGAUACAAUUGAUGUCUGUAUUAUACAAUUAGUUGGGAUACCACUGCUGUCUAGCGCAACAUGUUUAACCUGUUUCUUGGUUUAACUUCUCAAAAAAAAAUUCUAUAUUCAUGUAUAAAAAUAAAUCAUGACUUAUCUGGCAAUUGACUAGCUAUUACUAGGUCAUAUUUUCUUCGGUUGAUGUUUUUGAAACUUGUGGUUCAAGAACAUCUGCCUUAUUUGGUAAACGAAUCCCUCCAUCUAGUUGUUUAUCAAUUUGGCUAGAGAAACCGGUGACAAAUUUGAACCCGCUACCCCCUUGUCUAAUUUGUUUCCAAUAACAAGUCCAUUGAUAAAGAUUAUUAAUUUUUGUUUUUAAUUUGGGUAAAACCAAUAGUGAUCUGCUGUUAGGUGUUUGAAAAAUUGUAUGACCAGUGAUUACAAAUUAAAUUCCCUUCAUAAAUAUUCUAUAUUUUUCAUACUGUUCUUACUUGAAUGUUAUUAAUUUAAUAAAAACUGUUGUACAUGUGUGCAACUGACAUAGCUUUUCCAGGUGAUAUCAUUUAUUAAAAAGCAUCUAGUACCCUAUGACCGGACCUGGUGGUUAUUGUUAAAGUUGCACAAGGUGGGAGUAACUGCCAACAUGUGCAGGUGGGUUUCCGGUUUUCUUACAAACCCGACAAUCAGCACAAAAUUCGGCAGUGAAACUUCCAGGAAGAGAACCCUUGAAGAAGGGUUACCACAGGGGUCAGCCCUUAGUUGCACUCUCUUCCUAGCCUAUAUCUCUUGCCACAAAAUCUAGCUACUAAUGAUGCGAUGUAUGCAGACGAUUUGGUUAUCUGGAGCACCGGUAAAGAUGUACACCGCCUGCAAACACUAUUACAGCAGGACCUGUCCUCUUUCAACAGGUUCAUGCGGCGGUGGCACCUGGAAAUCAACGCCGAAAAGAGGGUCUGUUGACUAUUUACCUACGGGUGGACCAUUCUCAAACAGGAGAGCGAGUUCAUGGUGGGCGAUAUGGCGCCCCAAUGAGACAAGCAACCGGUUUACCUGGGGGUCAAAUUGGAUCAGAAGGUACAAAUGCACAAUUUUUUUUCAAGACUUCUGCUUCCAGGCAACCGCCAAGCUUAAUCUGGAAAAAAAUUGGCUUGCACAAGUUGUGGCGCGGGAGCAAGAACGCUCAUAGCUCUAUUUCUAGUCAGUGUAAGGUCGGUGAUGGAUUACAGCAUGCCAAUCCAAUCCUUUGCAACAAAGACCGCAUUGGAAAAGUUGGACCGAAUCCAGAAUCAGGCUUUGAGCUUCGUCUGUGGCGCAUUCAGUACCACAUCCGUUGUGGAGGUCUUGGCCAAUGUAGAACCACUAGAUAUAAGGAGGGGAAAAAUAAUUUUAAGUACCGUAGAGCGGUACCGACGGCUGAACGAAAAGGAACUGUCGUUCCAGAUGCAAAACAACUGGGUAGCAGACAGGUGACUUAAAAGAUUCUCAUUUAUGCAUCAAGUCGUGGAGCUUGAGAGGACACUUGACCUGCCUCGCAAUAGAGAACGUCUAACCGUAAUCCCAGUCAAUCCGCCUAACGUCCCUCCAUACAUCUGGCCUUGACCGAUGCAGUCGUGGUAAAGCGCAGCCCUGAAUAUGUUCAGAAAGCGUCUGCCCUUAAGAUCAUGGCUAUGUUUCUCAACAUACCAGUGAAAGUGUUCAAGGACGGCUUUGCCUAUUUGAGAGAAAGAACUGCUGGGUAUGAUGCUCUCAUACUUAACCCAGCAGGGGGACUACCAAAUCAAGAACUCCCAGUCACGGUGCCCUGUGGGACUGCGGCAUCAAACUUUAAUGCUGAGCUUGAGACCUUGCACAUGAACCUAGAGAGCGUUUA